CUUCGCUUGAAUUCGUGCUUGAGGACUUCAGUGCUAUAGGAAGCCAGUCGUUUGAGUGCGGCAGUGUUAUUUCAAGAAUUAGCGUUGAAAUUAUUAGAAUUAUGUGUCUCCAAUUGUGUCUUUAGCGUGUGAAAAGUACAGGAACGUGAUAACUCCAAGAAGUUGGAAAAAGAAUGGAAGUGGUUCGGAGUUAUGACAUCGCGCGUUUGGUUCUUGGUUACCUCAGGGAUAGUAAAUUAGAUGCGGCCGCCCGGUUGUUCUGCAAAACCAGUCCGUACUUAGUGCAAGAAAAUGAGCUCGUCCGGAAAGGCUUCUGGCCGUUCUCUCUGCGGCAUGAUCACCUCAAGGACAUCAUCACGGAGUUCUGCGAGAUUCAGUGCGAAGUUGUAAAGUUCAUUGAUUCGCUGCCGGAAAAGGAGCAGAGUCGGUUCCCCAAACACGGCACCCUCCUGGCAAAGAUCAGUCUCCUCUUGAAAAUCGCUAAGGAGAACUGCGCGGGAAGGAAAGAUGAUGAUCAGAAAAUUAAAAGGAGGAAGACAGUGUCGGAAUGUCCAUCAUUUGAGGCGACCCAAGAAAAAGAUCUUCCCGGUUUUUCGCCACGUUUGCGUCGAUCGUUUCCCCAGUGCUCAUCGAGUAAGAAACCCAGGCACUACGAGUCGACAGACGAGGACACACCUGGAGUUCGUUGCGCUGCCUCCCACUCAUCAGAUAGUGAAGCCAGCAAUAAAUCUCCAAAACCAAACCGAAAGGCGACUCCUGCAGAUGAAGACUUGGUUGAUACCGCGCCUGUCCCUAACUUCCCAGCUAUAUCCGCGGCCUUACUGGAAAAUGCUGAGUUCCAGAACAAAUUGGUGGAAAAUAUCAACAAGAAGUUAUCGUCGGGGCCAGCGCCAACUCCAGAAAAGGUUGUUUCUGAGGAAAAACCAGACGCAGAAAAGCCGUCAGACAAUAUCGCGGUUCAAUUUGAAGAAAUGAUAAAGAGCAUCCUCGACGAAACGGAGAAAGAUCCGAGAUUCGAUGAUUUAGUCGAAAGUAUUGUUUUGUCAAACAACACAUCCGAGGUGAAGCCGAUGAAAACUAACCAGGCGACGCAGUACAGCCCGAUACAAACAACUUCUGGAGCAAGCUCUACACCAGCACCUGAGGUUCCCGCUGAAGCGCCGCUCAGUGAACCCACCCUCAAACAACGCCUUCGAUCUCGCAAAUCGAAUGUUUCCGUGCAGCCUCCUAAACCGAAAGGUUCUUCAAAGACAUCCAAAGCAAACAUCUCUGUGGAAUCAGUCAAGGCAAAUGUGUCAGGGGAUCCUCCUAAGGACACAAAUAAAAAUUCGCAGGAACCGCCACCGUUCACCCCAUCCAAUUGCAUCACAAACGUAGCAGACGUGAAGGCGAGUUCGUCCUUUCUUGAUUCGGGUAUGUCGACUUCAAAGGUGGUGGUCCAGAGCCCAAACGGCACGAUGUUCACAAGUACUCCCCUGCUUUCAGACUCACUUCUAGGCAGCACGGGCAGCCAGCUUCUGGGCCAAUUGAGUGACAAUCUCCUGAUUGACAUGGCCACUGGGCAGACCAUUCCGUUCCUAAUGUCUGAUGACAUGAACACCAUCUACUUGAAUACGACCAGCGACCCUACAUGCUACAGUAGUGUCCACGUCGGAAGUAUAAUUGAAGCUCCAGACUUGGGGGCUGUUAGUAUUUUACCGCCGAAUAUUGCGUCUAUUUCGGUUCCAGUUAACCAAAAGUGUGUGGAGGCAUCGGCAGUGAGUGUGAGUAUUAUGCCAAACAACGCGCCGCCAACGACCACCGAAAUUGCCGUUCCUGGUCCGUCUGCACCUACGCUUUUGAUAUCGGGUGCGUCGUCGGUUCCAGUGUCGUUGGAGUCUAAGAUCACCGAUCGAGAAAAGGUCACACCUGGUGUGGGUGUUGCAUCCAGUGCGUUAGCAAAGAAUCUCUCAACACCCAGACGCAGGUCAUCUCACGUUCGAGUGUUAAAUUUUACUCCUCCAAAAGGUGCUUCCGACGUGCAAGUUACCGUAAAGCCGUCACAACCCCCUCCAACUGAACUUCUGGAACCUGAAUCACAAGCUAAGCCAACAGAAAUACCAACUGCAGUUGUAGAGCCAACUGAGAAGCCUCAAGACGUCAAAAUUAUCGGAGAAGUGAUCACCAUUUCCAACGAGUCUUCGAACUCCAGCAGCAAUAAUGGCUUUGCUAAGACAACCUCUGAUGUUACUGUCAUUCAUCAAACCAUCUCUGACACUCCGAGGCGUAAAAGUGAAGAUCGGCGCUCCUGCGUGCGCGUGUUGUCGAAGCAGACCUCAUCUGAAACUGGCGGCGAUGUACCGCAACAAAAGAAAUCUGCAAUCAAAAGACCAUCUGAGGCUCAAACCAAAAGUACCAAAAAGCGGCGGAAACAAGACAGCACGAAUGAGGAGCAAAAACCUGCUUCACCAGAAGUGCCAAGCGAUCCAAUGCAAGAGUGGGCGCGGAUGCGAUCAAUUGCACCCGGCAAGUGGGAUCAACAUCUCCGAGCAGUUUGCGCAACAGAACAAGCUGCAAAGCCGCCUCCACCUUCAACAAGGAAGAGAAGACGCAAACUACGACCCUUUCAGCGUAACAAAAAGGCUCAAGCAGGGCACUCGCCCACAGAAGAUCAACCUGAACCUGCGAAAAUUGAGCCGGAAAAGCCUAGCGAAGAACGGGAAGCGGAGCCAGUGCAACCCUCUCCUGGAAGGCAAUCCGCCAAAAAAGCUCUGAUUGAAUUCAAAAUAUCGACGCCAAUAAAGGUAGGCAAAUCUCCGGCUAAGCAGAAGUCUAAGGUGGUAGAUUCUCCGCGUGAUCAACCGUCGGUCGUUUUCAAACAACCAGCAAAGUGCGAGUCACCAAAGCCUCCAUCAGAAAGUGUUGUUCAGCCUGCGCAGUGUCCUAGUAAAGCUCCUGAACGAAUUAACCCUCCAGAAGAAGUGAAAUUGGCGCAAGCGUUACUUGAAAGCCGCUCAAAUAACAUUGGCCUGUUAUUAGAUACUCCAUACAAACUAGAUGCCGUGGGAGUACCUAUUACACCUGGGUUCCUAAUACCAGACAGUAACACCACUCCAAUGAUCCGGUUGACUUCUUUUCGAGGCCAGAUUUCCAUGUGCAAAAAUCCAGAUUUACCAACGCCAAAUUAUGCAAUAACGCCUGGUUCGGGUCUUACGCCGUUUGAUAAGGAUACACCUCGUAGCGGAUACUACAGCAACAACCCAACGGAUUAUUCCUCUGGGAGUUCAUACUAUCGACCGGAUGAAUCAGAUGACCUAGAUAAGCAAUUCGACGCUAUGUUGGCUGAAAAUAGAAAGAAAGCCAGAGAGAAGUCAGUUUUUCCGCUAUCAUCAAUACCCGAAACUCAGGAGAGUCGUGAAGUUUCACAGGAGGAAACCUCGAAUCAAACAGUUGUCACAGCAAUCAACAAACCCACUGAGCCUCGUGAGCACAUCAUAAAAUGCCACCAUGUGCCUGAGAAUAUCGCCUCACCGGCGAAGCUUACUGCGUCGCCGCACUAUACCUUAAGUGACGGCCUUUCGAAAGAUAUUAGCAACGCGUCCGGUUCAACUAGUUCAGAUUCCAGUUCAUGUUCCCAUUCAAGUUCGUCUGAUUCAGAAUGCGGAGACAGCGCUAAAUCAGAGGAUGAUGAUAUCUCUUGGGUUGAGCCUGGAUUGAAUAACGCAUCAGACGCCACUAACAACGACACUAAAGGAAUUGUAGAUGACGACGGUGAAGUUCGUUACCCGAUAAGAAAUUGGAUUACGCCGAAAAAGGCUCAAAAUCAAACCAACUUAAAUUCGAAUUCGGACAAAACUGACAAGAAACUCGCUGAUGUUGUUGACAAAAUUAAAAGCAAGGCAGUGGCUCAACCAAUGCAAACGAAACGGAUUGAAUCAUUGGAAGAGAAACGACUUCGUAUAAAAGAGAAGUUACACAAGGAUUUUGCCUCAAUGGAGACAAAGCGUGCUUGUCACGUGGCUUUGGUCAAACCAAAAGGAAGGCUAAUGACUACCCAUAUCCGCACCAAGAAAGUUCCCAUCGUACAACUACAGAAACCAGUCGAAGUACCAAAGCCUAAUCGAACAAAAAUUGAACUUUUGACCUCAUUGAAUUUAUCACAUAAAAAUAUAGAAAAAUCGGCAUUAACAUGCAGACCGACUACACCUUCGGACAUUGUUGAGACAGACGAAUUUCCCAAAUUGCAAGUGGAUGAGGACUCAAAAGAUAGUGCUGACGCAAUGGAGGUUCGGAAGGCAGCAUUCGUACUCACAAAUAUGAUGAAGGGUUCCGCAAACCCGAUGCCACCGAGUACCACAAGUGACUCUAUUUCGUUGAAGAAACAGAAUGUGGAGCAAUCAGUUGAAACUAAUGCCAAAGGUCGUCGAAGAAAUCCUAAAAAAGCUGCUCCCGAGCCAACAGAAGAGAAAUUGGAUUUGCCACAUAAACCGGUUACCAGGGGUGCAACUAAGAAUAUUAAAAAACAGUUGAAGGAAGACGAACAGAGUAAAGCCACUGACGCGGAUAGGGUUUCUCCAGAGAAGAAGAAAUCUUCACAAAAAGAGGAAAUCCCAGAAAUAAUACCCGAAAAAGAAACCCACGAACAGAAACAGAAUUUAAGGGAAAUAGAACCGACAACUACGGAGACAUGUGCUCAAGAUACAUCGCUCGAAUUUGCAGCUCCUGCUGGGUCAUCUUCAUCUGAUCAGGAAGAGGAUGUGGAUCCAUACGAUGCUUGCGAGUUGGAUACUAUUGAUGAGAACGAUAAAUUACGAUAUUUGCAAAUCACCCACAACGCAUCAAAGUCCAAUAGUGCAACGCAACCUCAAAUGUCAUCGGAAGAAAUGAAAAAUCUGUCGAGUUCAAUUAUGAAUAUUUAUCUCAACGGAGCACCGCACCAAAUUGUUGUCUCAGAUGAAAUUGAACUUUUCUCCAAUUCACCAUCUGUGGCGCUCGUUGGAAAAGUUACAAAGGCUACUGAGGAAAAAUCGACAGCAGCAUCGAAGAGAAAACCAAAAUCAGUGGCAAAUAGGGCGAAGAAGGUUAAAUCGGAGGAAAGUGAAACUGAUGUACCUCGGCAAAAAAAUGCGAGUGUUCCACAUUUGCAGCCAAAAAUCACAAUUAAAUACAAACAAGCUGCGUCAAAGAAGGUUGUGGGUAAUAAACUCAAGACGGAGAGUGUUGUUAGCAACAAGAUUCAGAAGAAAAGCCCAUUAAAGUCAGUCAGAGAGACAGCAGCCAGUGUUGAAUCGUCAAAAACGGAUCUCACAAUGACUCUUAAUACGACGUCCGACACCCAAGCGCCUAUCAAUACUGAGGACAUAUUCGCUGUAUUAUCUCACAUACAUGGAAAUGAGCCGGCAGAAUAAGGAUUUACAUAAGACAAUUUUUCAGUUAUUAUUAAGUAUGAAAAUAUUUAUUGAACGUUGGAUCAUGCGUUACUUUUUUUCGCGAGGAGACAAGUUAAGUUUAAGAGCAAGCAUUCUGUGCAUACUCUAUUGAAUGUACUGACUUAUUUAUUUUGUCAUUUUUUAUAAAUUAGGAUGACUAUUAUAAGGGACGUUAUUUUGAUGACCUAUGUAAAUUUUGUUUUGAUUCGAUUAUUUUGAAAAAAAAGGAUAAAUGAAAAUAAAUGUACAAAGUACAGUA